CCUUGUCUUGCACCGCCAGAAUCGGUUGUGCAUCUCGCAACAACCGGCCAAUAAUGGCGAAAGAGGACGGGUUUCCGCCGUCUCCUGAGAUCUUCGAGAAGGAAACAAGCGAGCAGUUGACUAAGGCUGGUUCCGACGAUGUGGAGCAGCAUGGCGGCUCUAAGUUACCUGAGCUCAAGAGAAAGCUCAAAAGCCGACAUUUGCAGAUGAUUGCUAUCGGCGGAACGAUCGGGACGGGCUUGUUCAUUGGUAGCGGUGGUGCAAUCGCCAAAUCUGGUCCCGCCGGAGCGUUGAUUGCAUAUGCGUUUGUCGGCUCUAUCGUCUUCUCAGUCGUCGUCUCGCUCGGCGAGAUGGCAACAUACAUUCCUAUAGCCGGUGCAUUCACCUCCUAUGCCACUCGAUUCGUCGAUCCCAGUCUCGGUUUUGCCAUGGGGUGGAUAUACUGGUUUUCAUGGGCCAUCACCUUCGCACUUGAACUCACAGCAACUGGUCUUAUUAUCCAGUACUGGAAAUCCAGUAUCUCGAUCGCCAUCUUCAUCGCCAUCUUCUGGGUCGUCAUCACUGUUAUCAACUUGUUACCCGUCAGCUUCUAUGGGGAAAUCGAGUUCUGGUUUUCCACCAUCAAAGUGCUCACCGUGAUUGGUUUCAUGAUCUUUGGCAUCUGCAUGAACGCAGGAGUGGGUCAGCAGGGGUAUCUAGGAUUCACCUACUGGAAGAACCCGGGUGCCUUCGCUCCAUAUCUCCUUGAUGUCAUCGGUGAGGACAAAGUAGCCCUCGCGAAGUUCAUCGGCUUCUGGGCUGUGCUCAUCCAGGCCGGAUUCUCUUAUCAGGGAACCGAGUUGGUUGGUGUCGCCGUGGGAGAGACUAAGAAUCCCCGCAAAUCUGUGCCAGCAGCGAUCAAGAAGACUUUCUACCGAAUCCUAUUCCUCUUCGUCCUCACCGUCUUUUUCAUCGGCAUCCUUAUCCCUUACACAAAUAAAGAUCUCCUAUCCGACGCUUCUGAUGCUUCCGCUUCGCCAUUUGUCAUCGCAGUCAAACUUGCCGGCGUCAAGACACUUCCCGGUCUCAUCAACGCCGUGCUACUCACCGUCGUCCUCUCAGCGGCCAACUCCAAUGUCUACUCUGGCAGUAGAAUUGCCGUCGGCCUGGCCCAGGUCGGCUCAGCUCCGCGCUUUCUCGGGAAGACAACGUCCAGAGGUGUUCCGAUCUGGAGCGUCCUGUUCACCUCCGCACUGGGGCUCCUAGGGUUCCUCAACCUCUCCAACGACGGCUCCGUCGUCUUCGAAUGGUUCAUGAACAUCAGCAGCAUUGCCGGGUUCAUCUCCUGGUCGUGCAUCAACGGCUGUCACAUCCGCUUCAUGAGCGUCCUCCGAUCCCGAAACAUCAGCCGCGACUCCCUCCCUUACAAAGCGCCCUUCCAGCCGUAUCUCGCGUGGUACGGCCUCUUCUUUAACGUCCUCAUCAUCAUCACGCAGGGUUUCACAGCUUUCAUUCCAUGGAACACGACCAACUUUUUCAUCGCAUAUGUCAGCCUAAUCCUCUUCGCCGUGCUAUUCAUCGGCCACAAGGUCAUUUUCAGAACCAAGCCUGUCGAGCUGUUCGCAGUCGAUAUAGAUACAGGUCGUUUGGAGCAUGAGGUGGACGAAUGGGAGAACAAGGCAGCUUUGACUUUCAAGCAGAGGGUUCGCCGGCGGUUAACAAGGAUGUUUUGCUAACAGACUGCUCCCCACCCCCGAGCGCGUGUACGUCAUUUGUCUUGUUCCAAUCUUCGCUGUUAUAUUAUUUCCACAGAUACCACAUAAACGGGAAAAAAAAACAAAAAAAA